GCGCUCUGCGACAUCGCCGACCUGGAGCACCUGUGCAGGGACGGCAAGCUGGCGCGCGAGAAGGUGAUCGCCAUCAACCCCUCGAUCAAGGAAUUCCUCGACGAGGGCAUCGAGUGGGUGAUGAUUCGGAAUGAGAUCCUCCACGGGUGCCCUGGCCUCCCCGAGUUCCUGCAAGACGCAGGCAACUCAGGGCACCAGACGGAGCGGACCUUGACGAAGAUGCAGCUCCUGAUGGAGAUUCACGCGAAGGGUGGUCGGAACCUCAAGAAGAAGGGCGAGUUCGACUGGCCUGGAGUGGUCACGAACAUCGAGUCGGGAAAGCCACGCCUGAAGGGGCAGAUCAAGGACCUCACCAAGUUCGUCGAGAACUGGUCUGGGGGGCAUGAGCAGGCGCCGCUGCUCAAUGAGUUGGACAUCUGGUCGAAGUUGAUGAGGACCAAAGUUGAUGUCCCGAGCUCGGUGUUCAAGAUCUUGGGUACCGUGGAGUUCGCGAGCGCACCCGACGUCAUCAUCGCAAUGGUGAAGAGCGCAAUGUGCAGCCCUGAGAACUAUGUGAAGAACGGCGUGUCCACCCUACUGACCAGCUGGGACGUCCAGAACCUGGUCGGCAAGAACAAGAACAAGUGCUUGGAGUUUUCUGAGAUCGUCAGGAUGGCGAAGCAGUUUCUUGAUGGCCUCAGCGAUUUGACGCCGAGCCCGAAUGCCACGGACAAGAACAGGCUCAUUGGCAGGAAGACCUACGAUGAUCUCAACCAGAUCGCGUGCGAAUUCCUCGGCGACGUCUACCUGCGCUUCCCUGGGAGCGACCAGAAGGAGGCCCCGUUCGACGUCGAGCCAGAUAUGCAGCAGAAGGGGCAAGCGUCGUCGGCGUCGGGGCCAGUGGGAUUCAAAGUCUCCACUCGCGACGGCGACGUCUCCCAGCAGACGCUCGUCCAGCGCGGGCUCUUGGCCAAGGCCGUGGUCGAGCGCAAGGUGCCGCCGUUCUUCGGCGGCCCGUGGACCAUCGCGAGGUGCGAGGGCCCCCGCGCCAUCCUCGAGCCAGAACCUGGGGAUGAUGACGCCAAGAAGCGGGCGACGAGCAAGAAGGCCGACCAGCUCAAGGUGCCGACGGGCCAACUGCUGGACGAGUACCAGGACCACCAAGAUGUCCUGACCGAGGGGUGCAAAGCAUCGGUGCGGGACACGGUGAUGACCGCGUACCGCAUCACGAGCCCUGCCGUGGACCUCACCAUCAAGUACGCCACGUCGCCGACGGGCAAGACCGAGGUCCAGGAGGUGGCGUGCAACAGACCAUAUGAGCCUGGCCAGUUGAUCAUCGUGCCCUUGAGCAUCAAUGUCGGGGCAUGCUCCACAGACAAGGUCCCCGAGGGCGCCGUCAUCGUGGAUGGUGUCGGGGCCCCGUCGGGCACGGCCGUGUACCUCGCCAAGUGCUGCCAGCUCCCCGUGGGCGACAAGAAGGCGUUCGCGGUGCCGUACUGGUGCAUCCCUGAGGCCGAGGAUGAUGACAGUGCGCCGCUCGCUGUCGGCAAGCUGAAGCUCGACCUCGCGUGCGCUCCCAACGCCCGUGGCAUGGGCGGUUGCAGUCGCAACGUGCUGAUCCCCGUGCUGCGCAACACGACGAAGCUGAAGAAGGGCACGGCGUUCGCACGUCCGUCUCCUAGCUCGCCCGAUGUGCCCCUGAGCGGCGCCAACGAGAGGCCGCGCGAGUAG